GUGUGUGUGUGUGUGUGUGUGUGUGUGGGUUGAUGGAAAGUUUGCUGUGGAACGCGCAGUUUUUUCUCCUGCUGUUGAAUAUGCGCGUCCUGCUGAACGCUGAUUGGUCGAGAGCAGCUGAAGAAUGUGUGAAAUGACUUAAAUAGCGCUGGAGUCUCGUGUGCGCAGAAGAGCAGAACAUCUCCAACACACACAGAGUCAAAGAUACCAGGGAAUUUCUGCAAAGCGUCUUGAUUAUAAGAGCGCCUCUCUUCAGGGGAAUCAUGACUCUGAGAGGACUCGUUGUGUGCCUCUUGUUGUGGAGUUCCGCGAGCAGCAGACGCGUAGAAAUGCCGGAUGAUGACACCGUGUUCGACCUGUUCGAGCUCACUCAUGUCCACAAGAAGCAUCACGGGGUGAGUUUAGUGAAGGGACCCGAUCCAAAUAGCCCCGCGUACAAGAUCCUGAACCCGAACCUGAUCCCCUCAGUGCCCGAGCUCUCCUUCAGGGACCUGAUCUACUCCAUCCAGAGCGAGAGAGGCUUCAUCUUCACCGCCAACCUCAAGCAAGCCAAGCGCACCAGGGGCAGCCUGGUCUCCGUGGAGAGGACAGACGGCACCGGAUCCGUCUUUGAGAUCAUCUCCAACGGGAAAGCAAACACUGUGGAUCUUGUGUACUGGACCGCGAGCGGACAGCAUGUGGUGUCCAUUGAGGACGUGAACUUGGCGAAUGGACACUGGAAGAACAUCACGGUGUUUGUGCAGGAGGAUCGAGCAAAAUAA